UUCAUUAUCGUACACACAUUUUAUGCCGCUCAAUAAGAUUUGCUGAUUCAUUAAUUGGAAUUCAUAAUUAUCGAACAUUUAAAAAUUCUCAAAGAAUUUGAAAUUGUCAUUAUUUUUGACACAUUUUAUAUUGAUCAAAUCAAAAAUGGCCACCCCAAACAAUUCAUAUCAGAUAUCUGUUCUUAUACAGAAGAUGUCUUCAGCGGAUAAGGAUUUUCGUUUUAUGGCCACCAAUGAUCUUCUUAAUGAAUUACAAAACGAUUCAAUAAAAUUAGAUGAUGAUGCUGAAAGAAAAAUUGUCAAAACUUUAUUAGGUCUGUUGAAGGAUAAUAAUGCCGAAGUACAGAAUUUGGCUGUCAAAUGCCUAGGACCAUUGGUCAAUAAAAUUAAAGAACAACUUGCUGAAAAUGUAGUGGAUGCAUUAUGUGAAAAUAUUUUGUCAUCAGACGAAGUUCUCAAGGAAACAUCGAGCAUCGGUUUAAAGACUGUCAUUUCUGAAAUAUCAAUUGAUUCAAAAAGUUUAGUGUCAACCAUUUGUAUCCGUAUAACAAGUAAAUUGAUUAUCGCAUUGAACAGUUUGAACAACAAUUGUUCCGUACAAAUCGAUGUACUCGAUAUUUUCUCCGAUCUAAUCAUACGAUUUGGUCAUGUUUUAAGUAUGUCAUAUCCAGCAUUGAAAGAUUCGUUGCUACCUCUUCUCAAUAAUGGUCGUAAUUCAAUCAGUAAACGAACAAUAAAUUGUUUGGCCGGCAUGUCAAUCACCUGUAAUGAUCAUAUUUAUAAAGAAAUCAUUGAAUAUCUUUUAGUUGAAUUAAACCAAUGCGAUAAUGUGCGAGCGAAAAUCUACAUCAAUUGUUUGACAGCCAUCUGUAAACAUUCUGGCACCCGUAUUAGUCCAUACAUUGAUACAAUUGUAGCGUUGAAUGAAAAAUUCUUGCAACGACAAGAAGAUGAAUUAAUCGAAGCUUGUUUACUAUUAUUCGAAAUAUUUGUACGUCGUUGUCCACAAGAAAUCAAUCCACAUCUACAAAAAAUUAUAACUGUUUGUGUAAAAUAUAUUUCUUAUGAUCCAAAUUAUAAUUACGAUGAUAAUGAUGAUGAAGAUAUGGAAAUGGAUAAUGAUGUUGAUGAAUAUAAUGGUGAAGAUGAUUAUGAAGAAUAUAGUGACGAAGAUGAUAUGAGUUGGAAGGUUCGACGUGCAUCGGCCAAAACAUUGGAAACGAUCAUUCUAAAUCGAUUAGAUUUACUGGAAGAAUUCUAUCAGCUAAUUUCACCAACGAUUAUCAUGCAAUUUCGUGAACGUGAAGAAAAUGUAAAAGUGGAUAUUUUUAACACUUAUAUUGCCCUAUUGCGACAAACACGUGCCCUGGUUACGAAUUCAGAGAAUAAUGAAAAAUUCAAACAAAUCUUAAAGGAUCAGGUACCGAAAAUUGUCCGUUCUCUAGAUCGACAGCUAAAAGAAAAAAGCAUCAAAACCCGACAAUGUUGUUUUGCAUUGCUCAGUGAAUUGGUGCAAAUUCUACCGAAUGCGUUGGCCGAUCCGAUUAAUGAAGCAGACGAAAAGAAAAAUUACCUAAACAAUAUUAUACCGGGUAUUCUUUAUUCAUUGAAUAGCAAUAAUUCAUCUUCCAGUAUGAAAAUUGAAGCUUUAGCAUUUUUGAACAUUUUGUUCAAAAAUCAUGAUGCACAAGUAUUUCAAAAUUAUUUCAAUGCAUUGAUCACCGAAAUUCGGAAAGCUGUUAGCGAUGAUUUCUAUAAGAUAUCUGGUGAAGCAUUGAUCGUUCUAACAGAAUUGGUGCAAAUAAUUCGUCCUUCAUUAUCAAUUGAUUCAAAUGUCAUAGAUUCUAAUUCCGGAGCUUUCGGUUAUCUUGAUACAUUAUAUUCGAUGACAUACGAUAAACUUAAAGCCUCCGAUGUUGACCUUGAAGUGAAAGAAAGUGCUAUCAAUUGUAUGGCACAGAUUAUCUGUACAUUUGGUGAUCAUAUGAAUGAUGAAUAUCUCUUCCGAACUUUUGCUCUAUUUCUUGAACGGCUUAAAAAUGAAACGACAAGGUUGACAUGCGUUCGCGCAUUAAUAAAAAUCACCAGUGUCAGUUUUGCCAAGCCACUAAAAUUGAAUCCAAUGUUUCCAGAGGCAUUUUCAAUAUUGGCACAAUUUUUAAAACAAAAUAAACGUUCAAUCAAGAUACAUACGUUGAUACUAUUAGAAAAAGUUUUCAGAAAUUACAUUGAAUAUUGUACGAAGGAUAUCAAUGAAGAAAUAGUCAAACAAAUGGUACCAUUGAUUUCAGAAUCUGAUCUAUACAUCUCUCAAUUGGCAUUGGCCGCAUUGACAGCAAUGAUCAUGUCGCAUAAGGCAUUCCAUGAUAUUAUACCGCAACGAAUUUUACCUGAAGCAUUGGUUCUCAUCCGAUCUCCGUUGAUGCAAGGUUCAACAUUAAUGGCAAUGUUGGAUUUUUUCCGUGCUAUCGUUAAAAGUUCAUUUCCUGGCUUGGAUUAUAAUGAAUUGAUUGCCCGUUUAACUCAGCCUAUUAUGCAGCCAAAUCAACAACUACAUAAGCAAGCAUAUUAUUCCAUUUCUAAAUGUAUAGCUGCCAUUUCAUUGCUAAACGAUAAAUAUGCCGCAUCGAUAGUUUCGAACCUUAUUGAACAGAUUCGUAAUCCAAUGUUAGUAACCGGAAAUGGUAGUUCUGGCGCUCAAAACGAGUCUGUGCAACUUUAUUCGCUUUUAACCAUUGCCGAGAUUGGCAAAUCAUUGGAUCUAGAACAGUUGCAACAACCAUUGCAAGAUGCAUUGAUUCAAUCAUUCAACUCCUCACAUGAAGAGGUAAAAUCCGCGGCUUCAAUCUGUCUAGGCAGUGUUUCCAUGGGAAACCUUGAACGUAAUCUAUCAUUUAUUCUGUCUGAAAUUUCGAACAACCCAAAACGUCAGUAUCUCUUUCUAAAUGCUUUGAAAGAAAUUGUUAGCUGUUUAUCGGUCGAUCAUCAAAAAAUCUGUCAUUUGGAACCACAUUUUGAAUCGAUCGUUCAAUUAUUAAUCAAGUACGCUCAAUGUGAUGAAGAAGGUGCCCGUUAUGUUGUUGCCGAAUGUCUGGGUAAAUUGACUCUUUUAAAACCAGCAAACCUGUUGCCCGUUUUAUUGGAAAAUCUUCGUAAUGGCUCGACCAAUAUACGUGAAACAAUUAUAACAUCGAUUCGAUUUGCUAUCGCCGAUUGUAGUCCACAAGCAGAAUAUUUCACCAUGCUAAAACAACUGAUAGGUGCCUAUAUUGAAACGCUGAAUGAUAAAGACAUUAAUGUACGUCGAGUAGCAUUUAUAACAUUGAAUUCAAUUCUACAUAACAAAGCAUCAUUAAUACGUGAUUUUCUUGGCCAAGUAUUUCCUAUGCUAUAUCAGGAAACUCAUCCUAAGCCGGAAUAUGUACGCGAAGUUGAAAUGGGCCCAUUCAAACAUACGGUCGAUGAUGGAUUGGAUCUUCGUAAAGCUGUAUUUGAAUGCAUGUAUACACUACUAGAUUCUUGUUUGGAUAAGGUGGAAAUUUUUGAAUAUCUUAACAAUGUCGAACUUGGUCUAAAGGAUACGUAUGACAUAAAAAUGUUGACCUAUUUAAUUUUGAUACGGUUAUCCGAUUUAUGUCCAUCGGCCAUCUUGCAACGAUUGGAAAAUAUUGUCGGAUUAUUGAAAGAAACUUGUUUUGCAAAAUUGAAAUCGAAUGCAGUAAAACAAGAAUUUGAAAAACAAGAUGAACUUCGACGAUCGGCUAUAAGGGCAUUUGUCGCCAUUUAUCGUAUUCGUGAUGCUGAUAAAGACGCUACUGCAAAUGAAUUGAUGAAUGCAAUCAAAACUAUGCCUGAAUUGCAAAAUUUAUAUCAAUCGGUUAUGGAAAGUAACAAAAUCAUUAAUGAAUUAUUACCAUCAAUGGAAGUAGAUUUUAAUUAAUU